AACUAAUUUAUAAAAUACUUUCUCGAAAUCCCCGGAAAAAAAUUCAAAAUCGAGCCACUCCAUCGAAUCCUUCCACCCGGCUGCUCCCGUCCUCCCGCAUCUUCGCCUCCAUGGGCUGCUUCCUCGCCUGCUUCGGCGACCGCCGCCGCCGGCGGCAGCCGCGGAGGCAGUCUCCGGCGAGGUCCCCGCCGCCGCGGCCGGACCAUGUUGCUCUGCUCGGCAAGGCGUUGACGGCGGUGGAUGUGGAGGCGAAGGAGGAGGUGGAACCGCCGCCACUGUUGCAGGAGGCGAAGGAUGUGUUGCUGGCACCGCCGCCCAUGCCGGUGGAGGCUGCGGAGGAGGUGGUCACUGGCGCAAGGCCCGGAAAGGAGCUGAGUGAGCAGAAGGCAUCGCCAGCAAGCUCUUUGCUGCCGGAGAAGCAAGUAACACCGCCACUCUCCCCGGUGGCACACUCACCACCUUUGGCGGAAGCAGUUGUUUGCACUCCUGAUCCAGAACUCAGGGAGGUGGGCGGACAAGAGAGCCGCAGCAGUGGCAAGAAGAAAGUAACGUUCGACAUGAAUGUUACGGCAUAUGAAAACACUGCACCGGCUGACCAAGAGGAGGAACCACCAGAGCCUGUCAGUAUGGUAGAAAAUGAAGAUGGAAAACACAUGCAAAAGGAUGUGCUGCUCCCGGAGAAUCACCGUUACCGGAAUUGCUCAGACAGCGAAGAAGAAGAAGAUGAGUAUGGUGAGGACGACAACUACGGUGAUGAUAGUGAUGAGGAGGAGGAGGAUUUUGUAGACUGCAAGAUUGAUUUAGUAGACAAGGAUGAACUGUACACUGAAGAUAUCAAGCAGGAGUCCCAUGAGUCUCUUUUCUCAUUGCAAAUGUACAAAGAUCAGCAGAAUGACAAUGAAGUCAGCAGCCCUGCACCUAAGAGCAGUAGUACCUCUGUAGAGGAACAAAGCCCUCUAAUUCAGAGAAACAAUCAUCGCGACAGAGGCCAGUAUGUCCGUCCUGUGCUGAAUCCGGUUCAGAAUAUGUCACAGUGGAAGGAAGUAAAAGCCCAAGCAGCACCAGCUAAAAAGUCGAAUAAGGAGAAUGUAAAUUCAGUGCCAAAGGUAGGUGCAACCCCUGAAAAUUCUAUCAAGAAGGAAGUUUCUGUGGAUGCGAGCCUCUCUACUUGGUUGGUUUCUUCAGAUAACUCAACAGUAGACAAGGUGCAAAGUGGAUCUCCUUGUUCCAUUUCAACUGUAAACCGAGAUGAAAGGCCUGUCCUGGGUGCUUUGACGGUCGAUGACCUUAAGCAAUCAUCAGCUACAUCAUCUCCACGAAGGUCUCCCAGCCAUAACCGUGAAGAGGCGAUCUUGGGUACGGUGGGAAGUUACUGGAGUAGCACCAAGCAAGACAAUGCACACUGUUCUUCAAGAUCAGAUUCAGGAACCAAUGGAAUCCCCAAUACGACAAGCAAAUACAGAGAGGACAAAAGGGUAAACUGGCACUCAACUCCCUUCAAUGUCAGGCUGGAUAGAGCACUGAAGAAAUCCUCUGCAUGAGCUUGUUUCUCUUCAUUUAAGCGUUUGAAAAUUUUCAAGUGUGCCAAGUCCUUGUUUGUUGUCCACCUUGUAAGAAUGUGUAAGAUUUAGAGUGUGAAGCCAAUUUCAUUUCAUGUACAUGAAGGUGCAGAAGUUCUUCUGGAUUUUGGACCUGCUUGCGUGCUUGCAAAUAAUUGUGAAAAGAUGCUACUCGCCGGUUAUUGCCCAUCUUUCCAUGUUCAUGCA